UCAGGCGGACGCAAGGCGCUGCCCGCGGGGACGACGCGUAAGGUCCACAAAGGGUACGAGGAAGUAGCCGUCCCCGCGGCGAAGGUCGCACCCGUGGGGGAUGCCGAGCGGUUCGUCGCGAUCGAGGAGCUCGACGACUGGGCGCAGCUCGCGUUCGCGGGGAUGACGUCGCUGAACCGGAUUCAGAGCAAAAUUUACCCCGCGGCGUUUCGCUCGAACGAGAACCUCCUCGUGUGCGCGCCCACGGGCGCGGGGAAGACGAACAUCGCGAUGUUGACCGUCCUACACGAGAUCGGCGCGCACUUCGACGAUGACGGGGAGUGGAACGGGGACGACUUUAAGAUUGUGUACGUCGCGCCGAUGAAGGCGCUCGCCGCGGAGGUCACGAACGCGUUUUCGCGCAGACUCGCCCCGCUCGGGAUAACGGUGAGGGAGCUCACCGGGGACACGCAACUCACGAAGAAAGAGCUCGAGGAGACGACGAUGAUCGUCACGACCCCGGAGAAGUGGGACGUCAUCACGCGCAAGGGCGGGGAAGUUUCCGUCGCGUCCACGUUGGGCCUCCUGAUCAUCGACGAGGUGCACCUUUUGAACGACGAACGCGGUCCGGUGAUCGAGACCCUCGUCGCGCGGACGCACCGGCAAGUCGAGACGACGCAGUCGAUGAUCCGAAUCGUCGGUCUGUCCGCGACGUUGCCGAACCCAAUGGACGUCGCGAAGUUCCUGGGCGUCUCCGACGCGGGGUUGUUCGUGUUCGAUCAGAGCUACCGACCGAUUCCGCUGACGCAGGUGUUCGUCGGCGUGACGGAGGGAAACGCGAUGAAACGUCUCAACUUGAUGGCGGAGAUCGCGUACGAUAAGUGCGCGGGCGCGCUGAAGAGCGGGAAGCAAGCGAUGGUGUUCGUGCACAGCCGAAAGGACACGGUGAAGACCGCGCGUCAGCUCGCGGAGCUCGCCGCGAACGCGGAGGGCGGCGUCGAGUUGUUUGGCUGCGCGGAGGACGACGAGGGCAAAAAAAGGUUCAAGACGGAGAUCGACCGCAGUCGGAACAACGAGCUCAAGGAGCUGGUCGGGAAGGGCUUCGGGUGCCACAACGCCGGGAUGCUGAGGUCGGAUCGAACCCUCGUGGAGAAGCUCUUCGCCGCGGGGGUCGUGAAAGUCCUCGUCUGCACCGCGACGCUGGCGUGGGGGGUCAACCUGCCCGCGCACACCGUGGUCAUCAAAGGCACGCAGCUGUACGACCCGCAAAAAGGCGGGUUCAGGGACUUGGGCGUGCUCGACGUCCAGCAGAUCUUCGGAAGAGCGGGUAGACCAGGGUUCGACACCAGCGGCGAGGGCGUCAUCGUCACCGAGCACAAGAAACUCGCGCACUACCUGUCUCUGUUGACGCACUCCACGCCGAUCGAGUCGCAGUUUAUCUCGUGCCUCGCGGACAACCUCAACGCGGAAAUCGUCCUCGGGACGGUGACAAACGUGAAGGAAGGCGCGCAGUGGCUCGGGUACUCGUACUUACACACGAGGAUGGAGAAGAACCCGCUCGCGUACGGGAUCACGUGGGACGACGUCAAGCUCGACCCCGGGCUCGGGGAGCACCGGCGGAAGCUCGUCAAGGAAGCGGCGCGGACGUUGGACCGAGCGAAGAUGAUUCGAUUCGACGAGAGGAGCGGGCAAUUGUAUCAAACCGAAGCGGGAAGGAUCGCGUCGCAUUUUUACAUCAAGCAGACGUCCAUGGAGAUGUUCGACGAGCACUUGAAGCGCCACAUGAGCGUCCCGGAGGUGUUCCACAUGGUCUCGCACGCGGGAGAGUUCGAGAACAUCUCCCCGCGAGAGGACGAGAUGCCCGAGCUCGAGACGUUACGACGAGACAAAAAGAACGCGUGCCCGAUCGAAGUGAAAGCGACGCUCGCGGACAAGGCUGGGAAGGUUAACCUGCUUCUGCAAGUGUACAUCUCGCGCGCGCGCAUGGAAGCGUUCAGCUUGAUCGCGGACAGCUCGUACAUCUCGCAAAACGCGAGCCGCAUCUGCCGCGCGUUGUACGAGCUUUGCCUCAGACGCGGGUGGCCGUCGCUCGCGGAGACGCUCUUGACGCUGUUGAAGACGGUGGAUCUGCGGAUAUGGCCGCACCAGCACACGCUGCGGCAGUUCGAGACGACGCUGUCGCCGGACACGCUGUACCGGCUCGAGACGCGAGACGCGACCGUGGAGCGGCUGUGGGACAUGUCGCCGUCCGAAAUCGGGUCGUUGCUGCGCCUGAACACGGACGUCGGGAAGAAAGUUAAAGGAUGCCUCGAAGCGCUUCCUCACCUCGCGAUGGAAGCGAGCGUGCAGCCGAUCACGAGGUCGGUUUUGAGAGUGAGCGUGACGCUCACGCCGGACUUCAUAUGGCGAGACAGUCAGCACGGCGGCAUCCAACGAUGGCUCGUCUGGGUCGAAGACCCGGUGAACGAGCACAUCUAUCACACGGAGACGUUUAACCUGAGCAAGAAGCAGCACAAGGAAGGGAAGCAACACAUGGCGUUCACGAUCCCGAUAUUCGAACCGAUGCCGUCGCAGUAUUUCCUGCGCGCGACCUCCGAGAGCUGGCUCGGGUGCGAGACGUUCUUAGAACUGCGGUUCGACGGGUUAGUGCUUCCGCAGAAGCACCCGCCGCACACAGACUUACUCGACCUCACGCCUCUGCCUCGAAGCGCGUUGAACGACGAGAAGUACGAGUCGCUCUACGCGAAAAAGUUUACGCACUUCAACGCGAUCCAAACGCAGGCGUUCCACACGCUGUUCCACACAAACGUGAACGUCCUGUUAGGCGCGCCGACGGGUUCUGGGAAGACGAUAUCCGCCGAGCUCGCGAUGAUGCGGACGUUUCGAGACGAGCCGGGAGGUAAGGUCGUGUACAUCGCGCCUCUGAAAGCGCUUGUUCGCGAGCGCAUCGAGGACUGGCGGAAACACCUGUGCCCCGUGCUCGGAAAGCGACUCGUCGAGCUCACCGGGGAUUACACCCCGGACUUGCGCGCGCUUCUUAGCGCGGACAUCAUCGUCGCGACGCCGGAAAAGUGGGACGGAAUCUCUCGGAACUGUCAGUCUUCGCGCGCGUACGUCCAGAAAGUGUCCCUGGUCGUCAUCGACGAGAUUCACCUCCUCGGCGCGGACCGCGGGCCGAUCCUCGAGGUGAUCGUCUCGCGCAUGCGGUACAUCUCCGCGCGGACGAAGCAGCCUGUGAGGAUCGUCGGUCUGUCCACCGCGCUCGCGAACGCGCGCGAUUUAGGCGACUGGCUCGGGAUCGAAGACGAAGGCCUCUUCAACUUCCGUCCGUCCGUGCGGCCGGUGCCGCUUGAGUGCCACAUCCAAGGCUUCCCGGGUAAGUUUUACUGCCCGCGGAUGAUGACGAUGAACAAGCCGACGUACGCGGCGAUUCGCACGCACUCGCCGGAGAAACCGACGCUCGUGUUCGUGUCGUCGCGCCGACAGACGCGCCUCACCGCGAUGGAUUUGAUCGCGUACGCCGCCGCGGACGAGCGACCGGAGGGUUUCGUGCACAUGUCCGCGAACGAGCUCGCGGGCGUCGUUCGCAGGGCGAGAGAUCCCGCGCUGAAGCACUGUUUGCAGUUCGGCAUCGGCAUUCACCACGCCGGAUUAUCCCCGGAGGACAGGGCGAUUUGCGAGGAGCUCUUCGCGGAGUGUAAGAUUCAAGUGCUCGUGUGCACGUCCACGCUCGCGUGGGGGGUGAACCUGCCCGCGCACCUGUGCAUCAUCAAAGGCACGGAGUUUUACGACGGCAAGAGUCGAAGGUACGUCGACUUCCCGAUCACGGACGUGCUUCAGAUGAUGGGCAGAGCCGGGCGGCCGCAGUUCGACAAGAGCGGCUGUUGCGUCAUCAUGGUGCACGAGCCGAAGAAGGCGUUUUAUAAAAAGUUCCUGUACGAACCGUUCCCCGUGGAGUCGUCGCUGGCGGACAACCUCCCGGACCACUUCAACGCAGAGGUCGUCGCGGGGACGAUACGCUCGAAGCAAGACGCGGUGGACUACCUCACGUGGACGUAUUUUUUCCGUCGUCUGGUGCAGAACCCGUCGUAUUACGACUGCGAAGGCGUCGAGCACGCGGAACUCAACGCGUUCUUAUCGAGGCUCGUCGAGAACGCGCUCGUGAUGCUCGAAGACGCGCGGUGCGUCGAGAUCGGCGAGGACGACUCCGUGGCGCCGCUUCUGCUCGGUCGCAUCGCGUCGUAUUACUACCUCCAGCACCCGUCCGUGGCGUUGUUCGCGUCGAGCUUGAGCCACGCGAACACGGUGGAGCAACUCUUAAAGACGCUCUGCGGCGUCGCGGAGUACGACGAGCUCCCGGUGAGGCACAACGAAGACAAAGUCAACGCGGAGCUCGCGAUCAGGGUGAAAGAAGCCGGCGGGUUCGCCGUCGACGCGCGGCUCGCGGACGAUCCGCACACGAAGGCGAACCUUUUGUUCCAAGCGCACUUCCUUCGCGUGCCGCUGCCGAUGAGCGACUACGUCACGGACACCAAGUCGGUGCUCGACCAGGCGAUUCGAAUCAUUCAGGCGAUCAUCGACGUCGCGUCGGACGCGGGGUGGCUGCACACCGCGCUCAACGCGAUGCGUCUGAUGCAGAUGGUCAUGCAAGGGAGGUUCCUCACGGACUCGCCACUCACGACGCUGCCGCACGUGGACGCGGAGGUCGCGGGGAAGCUUCGUCGGGGGGGGGUGAAGUCUCUGCCGCAGUUCGUGACGCGCGCGAUCAAGGACCGCGCGGGCGCGAAGAAGGCGCUGUGCGCCGCCGGUUUGAGCGGCAGAACCGCGGAGGAGACCACGAACGUCGCGGCUCGGUAUCCGUCCGUGAUGAUGCGCGCGUCGUCUGUGAAAACUUCGCGCGCCAGCGCCGGCGGCGGAAAAGCGGACGAAGGCGUCGUCGAGGUGCACUUGAAGCGUUUACACGCGAGGGGCGGUAAAGACGGCGGAAACGGCGGCGGCGGUCGGUCCUCCGCGCCCAGGGCGGUGUGUCCGCUGUUCCCGAAGCUCAAAGAGGAAGGAUGGUGGCUCGUCUUGGGCGAUCGAAUCAGCGGCGAGCUCCUCGCGUUGCGACGCGUCGGGUUCGGCGGCGCGGCGAGCGCGAAGCUGACAUACGCGGCCCCGGACGCGCCGAUCGGCGGAGGUCGCGGCCCCGAGCUCGACCUCGUCGUGCACCUCGUGUCGGACUGUUACGUGGGGAUGGAUCAA